AUGGCGGGGAGAAGCCUGAGCCCUCUCCUCACCCAGAACAAGUGCUGCCCUCGCUUCACUAGUGCUGCCCCGGGUCUGCUUCACCUCCUGGUCCUCAUUUUUGGCCUGGUCACCACAUGGGUCUUCGUCCGCAGCUAUAUCACUUCAACCUGCCGCCACCAAAGCUAUUCUGUUCCCUCCCCAGCUUCACACUCGGUGAAGACCAAGUGUGGCCUCAGCAAAUCCUGCCCAGACAACUUCUUUGCGUUUAAAAUCAGCAGCGGGGCCGCCAACGUAGUGGGCCCCUCCGUGUGCUUUGAAGGCCAAAUGAUCAUGAGUCCUGUGAAAAACCAUGUGGGCAGAGGUCUGAACAUCGCCCUGGUGAACGGAACCACGGGAAAGGUGAUGACACAGAAAUAUUUCGACAUGUACUCUGGAGAUGCUAACCUCCUGGUGAAAUUCCUUAAAGAAAUUCCAGAGGGCACGCUGGUGCUGGUGGCCUCCUACGAUGACCCGGGGACCAAGAUGAAUGAUGAAAUCAGGAAGCUCUUCUCGAACUUGGGCAGCACCUACGCAAAGCAGCUGGGCUUCCGGGACAGCUGGGUCUUCUCAGGGGCCAGAGACCUCAACAGUAGAAGCCCCUUUGAGGAGUUCUUAAAGAACAACCCAGACAUGAAUAAAUACGACGGCUGGCCGGAGCUGCUGGAGCUGGAGGGCUGCGUGCCCCAGAAGGCUGGCGACAAGCAGAGGGAAAGGGGUGGAAGUGAGGAGGAGGGUGACUGCGGGGGGACGCUGAGAGCUUGGCUCCCAGCCUGGAAGCCGGCCGCCAAGGCAGCCUCCACCGUCUGGGCCUGUCUGCGGGCGAGAAGGUCAAGGCCUGCCCGCCGGGCCGCCAGAGGUCACCCGCCUGCCGAGCUGCCGGCUACAGAGGGCAGAGGACCGCUCUGCUUCUCCCCGACCCCGGCUGCCUCAGUGUCCCCUCCAGAGAGGGGCAGGGGUGCAGGAGGAGCAGCUGUGAAAGCCGCCUUUGUGCCUGAGAAGAAUGAGCCGCCGGAGGACGGGGGGCGCUGGCCCAGGGAACCCCUCGGGCCCCGGCUCCUGAGACAGCACCGCAGUGAGGACCCCCAGGCAAGGCGCCCUCUUCGUGCCAUGGGAGCUGCCCAGAGGAAGAAGCAUCCCUCCAGCCUCUCAGGCUUCACUCACACCAGCGGCUGCCUGGAAGGCGCUCCCAACUGCUAUCCACACAUCCAGCCCUUCCCUGAGUUCCAGGUCCAGCACCUGCCCACCUGCUCUUCCCUGGAGCAGAGGAAGAAAGAGCAGGACCUCAAAACGGUGGAGAUGUACUUUCUGACACCCAGCAAGCUUGGGACUGGCAUUGGUGCUCAAACUCCAUGA